ACCACCACCGUCAUCAUCACCACCACGACCACCGUCGUUCACCGCCUACCGCCGGGUCCACCGAAUCAUCAUCAACUCACUACUUACCAUCGCACAAAGAUCCGUAUAAUAUACCACCACCACCACCUCUUCUUUUUUCUUUUAUUUUCCUUUUUAUAUUCAAAAAAUCAACCCUUUUCUGUGGGUUCCUCUUCUUCCCCUCUCAUUUGCAUUCACAUUCGAAUAAGAACCCCCCAAAAAAAUCUUGCUUAUGUUCUUGAAUUUUCUCUCUCUUAUCUCCCACCCUGGAAAAAGAUUCUUUCUUGGUGAGAGCAGAAGAGGGUUUUGAUUUGAUUUAAUUUUUAGGUUACAGAUUCUUUGGAGGACAUCAAAUUCUGUACCCUUUUGGCUUUGAAUGAAGGUGGUGUUUGACUUUUGAAAACCCAAAGGUCUCUGCUUCUGGUGAAGAAGAUCCAGGUUUUAUUGCAUAUAUGAUGCCUUGAUUUCAUCCAUUAAGAUCUGUAGCUCAAAAGGUACAAUCCGCUCUGCUUUUUUGAUUGUAUUCUUGAAAAAGCUUUCAAUUUUCAAGAUUUCUUGGGACAGCUCUUGUGUAAAUAUGGAUGGUUCUGAUUUGGGGUUUGUUUGAAUCUAUGGAAUCGUAAAAUCUUGUUCUUGAUCGAAUCUAAACCCACAAAUUCCUAGUAGUUAGUUGAUUUUAGAGGUUAAAAGAUGGAGGGCGAGGCUAAUUCUUGGAUCAGAAGAACAAAAUUCUCUCAUACAGUUUGCCAUAGGUUAGAUUCUGCAAGAUUAGCCUCAUUCCUAUCCGAUAUUCAACCCAAUCCAAUCGCUGGUGUCAAAACUCGACCCCCGAAAUCCUUUCUAGAACCUACACCGGUUCUUCGAAGCCCGAAAAUCCAAACGAAUCCGGUUACAAACAAGUAUAGAACGGUAACCCCGCCUCCCAAAACCUCGGUUCCCGAUACCUUUAAGGAAGCACGAUCCGACACGAAGAGAUUUUCGACUCCGCAUCCUCAAAGAGUCGAAACCGAGAAAGGGGUUAAGGGGAAACGAAUGAUUCAAAGAAACAUGACGGCCGUUGAUUUGAGGUCGCCCCCGAAUGGUACUAGCCCUCUUCGACACUUUAAUUCGUUGAAAAUUCAAGAUAAGCGAAAGAUGAAAAGGGAUUAUUCGUGGUCGAAGCUGUUUGAUCAUGGUGGUGGGAAGGUUAUUUCGGUCGAAACGGUUGAUGAUGUUAUGGUUGAUCUUUCGAAGCUGUUUCUUGGCCAUAGAUUUGCUCAUGGUGCUCAUAGCCAACUUUACCAUGGAAUCUAUAACGAAGAAGCGGUUGCCGUGAAGAUUAUUAGGGUGCCCGAUGAUGAUGAACAUGAAGAAUUAGGAGUUCGACUCGAGAACCAAUUCAUCCGAGAGGUUAAUCUUUUGUCUCGGCUUCACCAUCAAAAUGUCAUCAAGUUUGUGGCUGCAUGUCGACAACCACCGGUUUUCUGUAUCAUCACCGAGUAUCUUUCCGAGGGUUCGUUGAGGGCAUACCUGCAUAAACUCGAGGAUAACACCGGGAAAGAAAAGGAGUAUCUUCCAUACGGAAAACUAAUUAAGAUGGCUUUAGACAUUGCUCGUGGAAUGGAGUACAUUCAUUCACAGGGCGUUAUUCAUCGGGAUCUUAAGCCGGAAAAUAUACUAAUAAACGAAAAUUCCCAGCUGAAAAUUGCGGAUUUUGGGAUAGGUUGUGAAGAGGCAUAUUGCGAUUUUUUGGCAGAUGACCCAGGAACGUACCGUUGGAUGGCACCCGAGAUGAUCAAAAGAAAGUCCUACGGCCGGAAGGUUGAUGUAUAUGGGUUUGGACUCAUUUUAUGGGAGAUGAUAGCCGGGACUAUCCCGUAUAACGAUAUGACUCCGAUUCAAGCCGCAUUUGCUGUCGUCCAUAAGAAUCUACGCCCAUCUAUUCCUGCUAACUGUCCUCCGGCAAUGAGAGCUUUGAUCGAGCAAUGCUGGUCUUCACAGCCGGAUAAGAGGCCGGAAUUCUGGCAGGUGGUGAAGGUGUUAGAGGAGUUUGAAUCUUUGAUCGCUCGUGAUGGAAACUUGAAUCUUUUACAGCACCCGACUUGUUUAGAUCAUAAAAAGGGGCUUCGUCAUUGGAUUCAAAAGCUCGGUCCACAUCAUCAACAUCAACAUCAACAUCAACACACUUCCCCAACGCCGAAACCGAGGUUUUCAUGA